AUGAGGAGCGUGUUCCUUGUAGCUGCCUCGCUAGGCCUCACCGCCGCCGAGGACGGCCUCGCCGGCUGGCUUCGAUAUGCCCCGCUCGACGAAUCUAUCGCGAGCGAGUACAGCGCGCCGACAACCAUCAUCCUGCUGAAUGCCACCGAAAACAGCCCCAUCGCCUCGGCCGGAGCCGAGCUGGAGGCCGGGCUCAGCGGUGUUCUUGGUGUAGAAGCCAAGGUUGCCGAGGGAGCCUGCGACACUGCCUCCUCAGUCAUCGUUGGCACCGUGGGUUCUUACCAAGAGGCUUGCGGUGACCUGCCCGAGGGCGCCGCCGAGCUCGGCGAGGAUGGCUUCUGGCUCAGCACCGAAGGCGAGGAUGAUACGGUUCAAAUCAUUGGCCAGAACGAGAGGGGUGCCAUCUACGGCACGUUCGAGUACCUGUCGAUGAUUGCCCAGGGAAACUUCACAAAGCUCUCCUACGCGACGAACCCGGCCGUCAGCGUGCGCUGGAUCAAUCACUGGGAUAACCUCAAUGCCGGCGGGAGCCACGGUAGUGUCGAGCGUGGCUACGCAGGCCCAUCCCUCUUCUUUAGCAACAACGCCGUGGUAUCCGACACGAGCCGUAUCAAGCAAUACGCGCGGCUCCUUUCCUCGAUCCGUAUCAACGCCAUCGUCAUCAACAACGUCAACGCCGACGCCAAUAUCCUCAAUGAUAGGAACCUCGACGCCAUCGCCAAGAUCGCCGACGCCUUUCGCACCUACGGCGUGCGUCUCGGGCUCUCGCUCAACUUUGCCUCGCCGCAGUCGGUCGGCGGUCUCAGCACCUUUGACCCCCUCGACCAGUCCGUCAUAAGCUGGUGGACCCGUAAGACGGAGGACAUCUAUAAGCGCAUUCCGGAUUUCGCGGGAUAUCUCGUCAAGGCUAAUUCCGAGGGCCAGCCCGGUCCGAUUACUUACCGCCGCACACUUGCUGAUGGCGCCAACAUGUUUGCGCGUGCGCUAAAGCCCUUCGGUGGCAUUAUCCUGUUCCGCGCCUUCGUUUACAACCAGCUCGAGUACAGCAACAGAAAAGCUGACCGCGCUAAUGCCGCCGUGGAGUUUUUCAAGGAAUUGGAUGGGAAGUUUGAGGAGAACGUCGUGGUGCAGAUUAAAUACGGGCCUAUUGACUUUCAGGUUCGCGAGCCUGCGAGCCCGCUUUUUGCGAAUCUGCCAACGACAAGCAUGGCUAUCGAGCUGCAGAUUACGCAGGAGUACCUAGGUCAACAGGCUCAUCUCUUCUACCUUGCGCCUCUGUGGAAGGAGAUUCUGGAUUUUGAUAUGAGGUGGGGAGGCGAGGAACUUCGCGUAAGCGACAUCUUGACUGGGAAGCGUCCUGGGGGAAAGACGGUAGCUAGGGGUGGUUUUGCGGGUGUAUCGAAUGUGGGUAUGGAGAAGUCGUGGCUCGGUAGCCAUCUGGCCAUGUCUAACCUGUAUACGUAUGGCCGUCUUGCUUGGAACCCGUGGGAUGAUUCGGUUGACAUGUUGCACGACUGGACUCGCCUCACCUUCGGCCUUGACGAUGAAGUCCGUGAUGUCAUCACGCAAAUGUCCAUGGAGUCGUGGCCCGCAUACGAGAACUACACGGGGAACCUUGGCGUCCAGACAUUGACUGACAUCACGGGCAACCACUACGGACCUAACCCUGCGUCCCAAGACGGCAAUGGAUGGGGGCAAUGGACUCGUGCUGACCGCAACGGAAUCGGGAUGGACCGUACCGUGGCCACUGGAACCGGCAAUGCUGGCCAAUACCCUCCCGAGGUGGCCGCUAGGUACGAGGAUGUCGAAACCACCCCCGAGAACCUCAUCCUCUGGUUCCAUCACCUCCCCUGGACGCACAAGCUAUCGACAGGGAAAACCAUCAUCCAGCACUUCUACGACGCACACUACGCAGGAGCCGAAACAGCGCAGACCUUCCCGCUACUCUGGCAAAAGCUCGAGGGCAAGAUCGAUGAUGAGCGCUACGAGGCGCAACUCUACCGAUUGGAGUAUCAAGCGGGUCACUCAGUCGUCUGGCGAGACUUCAUCUGCCGCUUCUACAACCGGAUGACGGGCAUUGCCGACGAGCUCGACCGCGUUAACAACCACGUCUGGAGGAUAGAGGCCGAGAAGAUGACGCUUAGCGGGUACUCGCGCGCCAAUGCUAAUCCUAGCGAGGCAGCGUCGGGAGGUACGGCGGUGACUGCUGGCGGUGGGGGUGGGACUGCUUCGGCUGAGAUUCCGUUUGACUCUGGUGUUUAUGAUAUUGCGGUUGGAUACUUUGAUGUUAGUAAUGGAAAGGCGAAGUGGACCCUUUCCAUCGGCGACGAGGUUAUUGGCGAGUGGCAGGGAGACGUCGAGAGUCGCAUUUCCAAGGCGACUUCGAAUGGCUUGGAUGGGCAUUCGGCGGCGAGGAAGCUCUUCCGAGGCGUCACUGUUGAGAAGGGGCAGACUGUCAAGGUUACUGGGUCUCCUAAUGGAGGCGAGGGAGCACCUUUGGAUUACGUCUCCUUCCAGCCCGAGGGCAUCCUCGAUUAA